AUGGGGUCCAUUUCUAGACCAAUUACUGAGUUUUGCCUUGAUCUCUACAACAAGCUCAACAGAAAUGCAGAGGAUAUGAACAUCGUCUUCUCUCCAAUGAGCAUCUCUGUUGCCCUGGCCCUCGUCCAUCUAGGUGCAAAAAACACCACUGCUGCUCAGAUAGAGAAAGUGCUCCAUGUCAGGAGAGCUGCAGGAAGAACGAGCCUUGGAUCUGACCUUGAGAGUGCAGCCCCAGAACGAAGCCAGGAAAGGCAGUCGUCCCUCUCACAGUGUAACAAGGAUGGAGACCUUAACCAUAAAGCAUUCCAGGCACUGCUUUUACAUCUUCAAAACCUCGGUGAAAACUAUGUUUUAACCUUGGCCAACAACCUCUUCAUACAACAAGGAUUUGAACUCCAGCAGCAAUUUCUAACGUGCACUAAGCAGCUGUAUGGAGCAAUGCUGCAAACAGUGGACUUUCACGGUGCUAUUGAAGCUGCCAGAACAAAAAUUAACACUUGGGUUGAAAGUGAGACACAAGGUAAAAUCAAGGAACUCUUUGCUCCUGGUGUGAUCGGCGUACACGCAUUGCUGGUGCUGGUGAAUGUAAUCUACUUCAAAGCAUCCUGGGAACACAAGUUUGAGGAACAAAAAACGGUACAGAGAGAUUUUAAACUGAAUCAGAAUGAGAGAAAACCUGUGCAGAUGAUGUAUCAGAAAGGCAUGUUUAAAUUAGGCUACGUGGAGGAGAUAAGCGCUCAGAUCCUUGAACUCCCUUAUGCUCAGAAAUCACUGAGCAUGAUCAUUCUGCUGCCAGGUGACGUGGCUGAUGGAUCUACCAGUGGGCUGGAGCAGAUUGAAAGCACAAUGACCUACGAAAAUUUAAUGCUGUGGACCUCUUCAGAGCACAUGUUUGAGACAAGAGUGGAGGUAUACCUGCCUCGAUUCAAGCUUGAAGGCACCUUUAACCUCAACGAGGUACUACAAGAGAUGGGGAUGACUGACGUCUUCACUGAAUCAAAAGCUGAUCUUUCUGCAAUGUCGUUUGCAAAAUCUCUGGUGCUGUCAAACGUCGUCCAUAAGACGUACGUGGAAGUCAAUGAGGAGGGCACCAUAGCAGCAGCUGCUACAGGAGCUGUCAUUGUGAGGAGGUCUCUUCCUCUCACAGAGGUGUUUAUGGCUGACCGCCCUUUCUUAUUUUUCAUCAGGCACAAUCCUACCCAUACCAUUCUUUUCUUUGGCAAACUCUGCUCCCCUUAA